GUCCCUUUCAAUAACAACCGAUUCCAUUCCACUUUUCAAUGUUUUUCGUUUUCAGUGAAAAUAUGAUCAGGUGAUUUUGGUCUGUUGAUAUAUUAUGUAUUUUCUUUCGUUUGUUGGUUUCACCUGAACGAGGCAUGAACACAAGCUUUUAUUCCGUGAAUUUUGACUGUAUUCGGUGUAUUACCUUAGUGAGACUGUUUCCAACUUGUAUAAAUCAAACUUUUUAUGAAACUCUCAUUUGCUGUCUCCCUUCAAUUAACUAGAACACCAUGUAAUGUAAUUCACCACGCUGUAAUUGCAUAUCGUACGAAGGUAAUAAAACGUAAUGUUGGUGUGAUGUCAGUUGUAUGUACCCAUGUUCACGAAAUAAAACAUUGAGGUCCACUUAAGUAAAUUGGAGUUAACAAGUGAACAGGAUAAGAUAUCUAUAAGUACCUAACAUAGGUUUGAGUGGCACUCUUUAAGAUACUCGUGGUGCUUCUAUUUCUCGUCCAGUUUUCUCAAGUUGGAACCCUGUGAUAUGGAAGUUUGUCAAGAUAUUCAGAUUGAUCCUGUUUUGAGAGAUGGCAAUUUCACAGAACUUCCUAUGAAACAAACAGCGAAUUUGAGAGCUAAUCAAAUAUUAAUUGUUAUACUUUCUGGUAUUAUUACAUUGUGGUAUAUCCUGCUACUAUGGAAAAGGAGCAAACUAUACUUCCACUCGUGGAAUGUUCCUGGACCUAUGAAUCUUCCAUUCAUAGGAAUAGCUUAUCUAUUUCUAGGAACCAAUGCCACUGAUAUAAUGGGCACUCUGAUAAAGAUUCAGAAACAAUAUCCAAAUUAUUUCAAAGCGUGGUUCGGACCGAAGCUGUUGUACUUCUUGAGUGACCCUGUACAUCUCGAGAAAGUUUUGACCAAUCCGAAAUCACUGAACAAGGAUGAUCUGUAUGAUUUCAUCUCGGAAGUUAUUGGUACUGGGAUCAUGACAGCGAAAGUUAAAAAAUGGAGGAAACAUCGUAAAGUUAUUAUGCCAGCGUUCAAUCAAAAAAUUUUGGAAUCUUUCGUAGAAAUUUUCGCAGACCAAAGCGAAGUAUUCGCAGAUCAACUUGAGAAAUAUGUGGGAAGGAAAGAUUUGGAUUUGUUCAAGUUGAUUUCAUCAUGUACACUGGACAUCAUUUGUGAAACGGCCAUGGGUGUGAAAAUGAAUCUUCAGACCACCGAUUGUGACUUUGGACAUAAUCUAGACAAAAUUAUGGAAAUAGUUACAUAUCGUAUUUUUCACAUUUGGCAACAUAUAAGAAUCAUGAGGAUGUUAUUUCCAAUGAACUGGCAAUUCAGGAAUUACGAAAAGAAAUUUCGAGAUUUCACAACAGCAGUAGUGAAAAGGAAGAUGGAAGAAUAUGAAGCUGCUAAACAGAACUAUAGGAAGAGUUCCUUGGUAGCGGCUAUUGAAGAAGAAAAUCCCAAGAGGAAAUUAGCUUUCCUCGACCUCAUUUUGGAAAACUCGAAUUUCACAGAAAAGGAACUGAUAGAAGAAGUGGAAAUUUUUUUGAUAGCGGGCACUGAUACCACAGCUUCUGCGAUAUGCUGUAUCCUCACGAUGCUAGGCAUGUUUCAAGACAUACAGCAAAAAGUUUACGAAGAAAUUUUCGAGAUUAUGGGUCCAGAUCGUAAAGUAGUGCCAGCAGAUUUACCUGAAAUGAAGUACACAGAACGAGUAAUAAAGGAAAGCCUGAGAAUAUUUCCUGUCGCAGCAUUCUUUGUCAGAAGCGUAGGAGAAAAUAUUGACAUGGGAGAAUUCGUUGUUCCGGAAGGAUCCUCGGUGUUCUUCGGUCCUGUUCACAUCCAGAGGAAUCCGAAAUACUGGCCUGACCCUCUGAAAUUCGAUCCAGACAGAUUCUUGCCAGAAAACGUCGCCAAAAGGCAUCCCUGUACAUACAUUCCAUUCUCCUUCGGACCCAGGAAUUGUAUAGGUGUUCGAUACGCUAUGAUGAAUAUGAAGACGAUUCUGGCCAACACUUUGAGACGUUACAAAGUUUUCACUCAGUACAAAUCGAUAAAGGAGAUCAAACUGAAAUCUAAUGUUGUUUUGCGAAUGAAGGAUGGUUCUAAAGUGUGGGUGGAAUCUAGAUAACUUAUUAUUGAAUAUAUGACAGAAUUAAAAGGCUAUUCAAGACGAA